GAAAUUUUAAAAUUUCAAAUAAAAAAAGUUUAUAUCAACCUAAAUCGGAAAACAUUCCUUUUAUCGGCAUUUUUUUUGGGAUUUACUAGAAGACUUUGUACGGCAUCCUCACCGAGCAUGUCUAGCGAAGACCCAAAAUACCAGUUACAAAACAGUUCUCUUCAUUCUGCCGUUUACGUGACAACUCCUAACGAAGAAGUAGCAAAGAAAAUCGCUCAUGGAUUAGUUAAAGAAAAACUAGCUGCCUGCGUUAGUAUUAUACCGAAAAUAACAUCUAUCUACGAGUGGAACAACGAAAUUAACGAAGACUCCGAAGCUCUGUUGAUGAUCAAAACUAGAACAUCGAAAGUCGAUGAUUUAAUACCUUAUGUGAAGGCAAACCAUCCGUAUACUGUGUGUGAAGUUAUUUCCGUACCUAUUAUGAAAGGCAGUAAAGAUUAUUUGGACUGGAUAGAUAAAAUAGUACCAGAAAAGUAAAUUCUUAGAUUUAAGUUCGAUAUUGUGCUAUUAUAGGUAGUUGUCAAGGCUACAGUUUUUAAAAUACAAACAUAUUUCAUUC